AUGGUUUCCCAUUUUGAUGUAAAGAUGGACAAUAUACAGAUGAACUUAGAUACAAUAAAGCUUUCCUUAUCAAACUUGGGAGAACAUAUAUCGGAGCUUGAGCAAAGAGUCGGUGGCAACGAGGAUAAUAUAUCUGAUCUUGGAAAACGAAUCAAAACACUUGAGAGUGAAAACGCUUACCUGCGGGACAAGGUGGAUGAUGUCGAGAAUCGUAACAGGGCUUAUAACCUGCGCUUUAUUCACGUUCCCGAGGAGUCGGAGGGCAAAGAUACACGUGGAUUUAUUUCCAGUCUGAUUCAGCAGCUAUUCGGGAAAGAAAGUUUCUCUACACCACCAGCUAUAGAGAGGGCUCAUCGCUCUCCAAUGCAUCGGAUCAAGGACAGCGCCAGGCCAAGGGUGAUUGUGAGUUUCCAGUCUCUCUCAGCUCCUCCUGAAUCUACAGACGAACCCGACGUUCCCUUCGGUUCUCUCUCCUCUUUUGAUGGCGUGAGAGAAUCUGUCCGUCAGCUGAGAGACAAACUGGAGGAUUUCUGCAAAGAGGAGAUCAAGAAGAUCUCAGACGGAGAUUCCCAUCAGCUCACUCCGGAUCUGAACACAGUGCAUAAACGCCUCCGUCUGUCUGAAAGGAACAGAGUUAUUACUCACACUGACACAGUGCAGCCGUAUCCUGAUCAUCCAGACAGAUUUGAUGUGUAUCAUCAGGUGUUGUGUAGAGAGAGUGUGUGUGGACGCUCUUACUGGGAGAUUGAGUGGACUGGGAAUCGUGUUGAGAUAUCAGUGUCAUAUAAGAGCAUCAGCAGGAAGGGAUCGGGUUAUGAGUGUGUGUUUGGAGGUAAUGAUCAGUCCUGGAGUUUGUGCUGCUCUUCCUCGAGUUACAUAUUCUGGCACAAUAAGAAACACACUCGUCUCCCUGUAAAGUCCGUCAGCAGAAGAAUAGGAGUGUGUGUGGAUCACAGUGCAGGAACUCUGUCCUUCUACAGCGUCUCUGACACAAUGAGCCUCAUCCACACAGUCCAGACCACAUUCACUCAGCCGCUCUAUCCUGGGUUUGGGGUUUAUCCUGGAUCAGUGAAAUUGUGUUGAUGUUUCAGAACAGAUAUAGAGAGAUUUUACCCAUAAUACUAUAGAGACUCUUAUUUCCUCUUCAUUAAAUUAAUACUGAUUGAAUAUUGAAUACUUCAUUAAAUUAAUACUGAUGAACUUCACUGAAAUAAAAUAGAAUAAAUGUGUGUAUCACAUCCUCAAAGAGACAGUAAAAUGUUUCAAUGAAAAUCUCAUUCAUUUUUUUUUAAUGACAAAUUAUUUAUAUUAUUAUUAUCGAAUAUAUCUCUCAGUUGAAAUGAUCAAACACAGGUUCAUUACUGAAUGAACAGAUUGAGGAUCGUGUGGUUUUGAAGGAAAUAACAGAACUGGUUGUGAACAAUGUAAGGAGUGAAGAUGUGGAAAUGACAUUAGUAGUGGAGAAAAUAAUGCUGGAAAACAAUCACAGUUCAAAAUGUGAGGAAAAUUGUGAUGCAGAAGAUGAGGGAUGAAGAAGCACUUUCUGAGAUUUCAGAUAUUGGGUCACAAGGGAUUGAAAUCAUGAACUCUAGAAGAAAUAAAUGACUUUCACAACGUUU